AUGAAAUCAUUACCAAUACCCAAAUACUUUCGUAAGGAGGAUCCAGAAUACUGGCUGAGGAUGUUCGAAUCUACUGCCAAGGUGCAAGACUGGACAACAGACAUGGACAAGCUAAUGGUCCUGCCAACGUUCUUCAAAUCAGAGGUGAGAGCCUGGUUUUAUGACGAAAAGUUCACUGAGUUCGACCAGUUUUCCUCUGCCUUCGUGGAACGAUUCAGGCCAAAAAUGAGCAAGUACGUUCCACUGAAGAAAUUACUUUCGAUCAAGAAGAAGUCGAACGAAGCGGCUCGCGAUUACAACAACCAUUUCCGUCAAUAG